ACCGAUUUUUACCGAGUAGCAAGUUUCGCGAGACGAAAGAAGUCGCAUGGCAUGUCAUGGCAUAUGGAAUUUUAUUGAAAUUUAUUAUUAUAAACAUUUAUAAAUCUUUGACAGUUGUCUGUUUUGAUAAAACAACGAGGUUAUGUGACUAACAACAAAUUACAAUAAUAAUAUUUUGUGACUCCCUUAUGACGGGACAGACACACGUUCAUGUCAAAAGACAACAACAUGAUGGACAACACAAGUGAAAAAGUCAAUUUAAUAUCGAAUAAUACAGAGAAAAAAAAUAUUCGUUUUCGUGGAACAAAUAAGAAUAUUAAAUCUCCUGGUAAUCGAGUCGAGAAUAUAAAUAUCCAUGAGAAUAAUCCACAACAUAUGAAAAAACAUGGGUCUACUAAAAAAUGUGGUGUUUCACUGAUACAAUUUUUAAGGACCGAACUUACACGAGGCUAUCAUCUUGAACAAGAUGAAGAAAGAUUUUCUGCUCAGAGAGAGAAAAUUUAUUCUUUUAUGAAAAUACCAAGAGAAGUGGAGAAAUUUAUGUUUUAUGGUUUUUUUCAGUGUGCUGAUUCAUUUUUAUUUGUUUACACUUUUUUACCUUUACGAUUUAUGAUUGCAUUGUGGUCUGUUAUUACGAGGCCUGUUAAAUAUUGUCUGUGGGGUAAAAAAUUUGGUAAAAGGGGAGAAAAAUUUUUAAGAUCAGCAGAAGUAUGUGAUUUAUUGAAAGGAGUUGUGGUAUUGGGAUGUUGGAUAGCAACUUGGAAAGUUGAUACAUCAAUGAUGUAUCAUUUAGUGAAAAGUCAAUCUGUCAUUAAAUUAUACAUAUUUUAUAAUAUGUUGGAAGUUGGAGAUCGGCUUUUUAAUUCCUUUGGUCAGGAUACAAUAGAUGCUUUGCUUUGGACAGCAACUGAGCCUAGAUCACGAUCGAAUUCUUCUCAUUCAAAUCAUCUCGGCACUAUACCACAUUUAUUUUUCGCACUUGCCUAUGUCUUCUUGCAUACAGUAUUGGUUUUAUUUCAAGCAACAACAUUAAAUGUUGCAAUAAAUAGUAGCAACAAAGCUCUUCUCACAAUUAUGAUGUCAAACAAUUUCGUCGAAUUGAAGGGAUCGGUUUUUAAGAAAUUUGAUAAAAACAAUUUAUUUCAAUUGUCAUGUAACGAUGUACGAGAACGUUUUCAUUUGACAGUGUUACUUUUUGCUGUUACUUUACAAACAAUGAAGGAAUAUGCAUGGCGUGUUGAUCGUCUUGCUGUUCUUUUACCAGAUUGUAUAAUGUUACUCAUAGCAGAAGUGGCAGUCGAUUGGGUAAAGCAUGCAUUCAUCACGCGUUUUAAUGAUUUACAAUCGACAGUCUAUACGGAUUAUCGUGUGAGUUUAGAGCACGAUAUGUCACGAACGAGAGAAGCAUUUUCUGAUCCUUCAGAUUUAGUGGCACGACGAAUAGGAUUUAUACCAUUACCUCUUGGUGUUGCAAUGGGACGUGUAUUGUGCACAACAAUUACACCAUCAGCAAAACCUAUUAAUAUUGCACUAUUUGUUCUCUCCUAUUUUGUGCUUGUUGUAUUUCGUGUAAUAAUUAGUCUCGUCAUAUUGGGAAAGGCAACAACAAUACCUGUAUCAAAUCAUCAUGAUGGUGCCAAUAAUGACAAUGAAACAUUCAAAAAGCCUUCAACGUCAAAAAAUUCCGAAUCUAGUCAUGCUGAUAUCAACAAUACAAAUUUAACAAUGCCUAUGUUCUCGAACAGUGCUGUUAGUUUAAAUAAUGUUUGUUUGAAUGAUGCUUUAUUGGAAAAUGAGGAGAAUGUGAAAUUUGAAAAAUUUCAAAAUAACAUUGAAGACACAUUGUCACCACCAAAAAAUGUCGUUAGAGCCGGAAGUGAACCACUUCUUUCUCAAUGACAAGUAGUAUGCGGGUAAUUCUUAAAAAAAGUAGCUUUUUUUAUCAUUAUAGACAAAAAGAAAACUGUACAUAGAAUACUUGUAAAUAUGUUAAUAACAUUAUGAAAAAAAUGGGUGAUAUUCGAUAAGUUCGUAAAGUUUAUUAUUGAACUCAAAUUGUUUUAACUCGUAGUUUUUUUUAAAAAAAACUUUACACAAUUCUUUAUUGUUAUUAUUAUUGUUUUUGUAAACUCUUCAAAUAGAUCAUAUUUUACAGUAAAUGUCACUGAAAUUCGAUAUUUUCACUAUUAUGCCUCAUCUUGGCGUUGAAUUUUUUAAAUUUAUAAUAUUAUAAACAAUGUCAUUGAUAAUAAUUAACGAAUUAUUAUUAUUA